AUUUGGAUUUAUUCUUCAUAAGGAUGAGUCUGUGCUCCAGAAAAUUGAUCUAGAAACUAUGACGUACAUCAAGACAAUUAGUUUAAAGGAUUAUAAUUGCAUUCCUCAGUCACUGGCUUACACACAUCUUGGAGGAUAUGUUUUUGUCUGCUGUAAGCCUGAUACCACUGGGGCUGUCUUACCGCAGCUUAUAGUGGAUAGUGUUACGGAUUCUGUGAUUGGAUACAAUGGCGACAUAACAGGCACACCACAUGUCUCUCCAGAUGGACACUACCUUGUCAGCAUUGAUGAUGCAAAAGGUCUUAUGAGGAUCCAGUCCAUAACAAAGAGAGGAGAAAUACAGGAUGCAUUUGACAUUCACACCAAUUUGCACAUAUCUGAUGUAGCUUUUCAGCCAUCAUUCACUGAAGCUCAUCAAUACAAUGUCUACUGUAGCUCCAGCACACAAACUGAUGUUCUCUUUGUGGAGCUCUCCUCUGGCAAGGUUAAGAUGGUGAAGAGUCUGAAGGAGCCUGUCAAGGCAGGUGAAUGGCCUUGGAACACUAAGAACCGUCUUAUAGAAGACAGUGGCCUUUUUGGUCAGUAUCUCAUGACCCCUUCCAAGGAAUCUCUCUUUAUCCUGGAUGGACGGCUCAAUAAGUUAAAUUGUGAAAUCACUGAAGUUGAGAAAGGCAACACAGUAAUUUGGGUUGGAGAAGUAUAA